AUGAUACAAGCGUGCAAAACCGGCAACAUCCAUCUUGUCCAGUCCCUCUUACAGAAGGGAGUUAAGGUUGAUGUUGCUGAUUCUGAGAAAUGGACGCCUCUUCAUUACGCUGUUAUGGGAAAAUUUAACGAGCUUGUGGUUUUCUUACUUCAAAAUCAAGCAAAUCCGAACAUGAGGACAAAUGCAGGCUUAUCACCACUUCAUGUUGCAGCACAAAUCGAUGAUGAUAUUAUCCUUACAGCACUUAUUGAAAAUGGAGCAGAUAUUAAACUAGAAGACAAUAAGAAAUCUACUCCACUUCACUAUGCCGUUGCAAAUGGUUCCCUCUCAUGUAUAAAUAUCUUACUUGAUUUUGGAGCAAGCCCAGAUGUUUUUGAUGAGUCAUAUUGCAGCCCAUUACAUUAUGCAGUACAAAAUAAUAACGUCGAUGCAUUAAAUCUUUUACUAAAAUUCGGUGCAAAUCCAGGAAUAAUUUUCAAUCCAGAUAGAGCAUCAAUUGGAACAUUUUUCUGGGCACCACUUCAUCUUGCAGUCCAACAUAAUCUUAUCAACAUUGCUUCUAUUCUUAUCGAAUGCGGUGCAGAUGUAAAUGUUGUAAACAAACAGAGAGUUACACCACUUCAUUUAGCUGCCCAAUACAAAUCCACAGAAAUGAUACAACUUCUGAAGGACAACGGCGCUAAAUUAAAUGCAAAAGAUAUCGAUAACGAUACUCCUCUUAUUCUUGCAAUUCGCUCCCACCAAAAGCAAAAUAUCGAAUUACUUUUAGAUGAAAAGACUAUUAACAUCCAAAACAGCCAAGGACAAUCAGCUUUACACAUCGCUGCUCAAUAUGCCUUCGGAGAUAUAUUAAAGGAGUUAGUUAUUAACGGCGCUGACGUAAAUGCAGCUGAUAUUGACGGAAAUACACCUUUACAUUGCGCUACAAUCGCAAAAAGCUCCGAAUGCGUUCAAAUUCUUCUCGACCACGGAGCCGAUGCAAAGAUCAGAAAUCAUAAGAAGCUUCCUGGAGGCAAAAUGAUCGUCAACGGAGGUGUUUCUCCGUUUGUUUUGGCGAAUACAGAGAUUGGAAAGUUAAUUCGUAAUAAUUUAAACCAGGAAAUCACAGAAACACCAACAUCUAAUACUCCUAUACGUCAGUCUCCAUCCAGAGCCUCAAUUUCCCUUUCAAAGAGCCCAUCUCAUAAAUCCGGACUUAAUACACCACAGAAAUCACCAGGAAAGUCACCACAUAAGUCUCCUGCGAAGUCUCCAGGAGCUUCCCCAGCUAAAUCUCCAACGAAAUCACUUACAAGAGGUCAAAAUACAAAAUCCAAUAUAGAAAGGAAGCAAAAGGUAGUUGUUUAUACAUCCAAGAAGGAAGAACUCAUUAAGAAAGAUGCAAAAACAUUAGGAGAACUCAAGAAACAAGUAAAUAACGCAAUUGCUGAGACUAGAGAGCAUAUGGAAGGCCGCCUUAAGGAAAUUCAGGUCCUAAUUGAUCAGAUACAGGAAGAUUUUAAUAAUACAAAAUGA